UCCGAAUCGCCCUUUCUCACCUAAUGAGCAAAGCCGCCGAUAAGAGCGGAGACAAAGGGCUUUUUAAUGGGACAAGGGGGGUGGAUUCAAAAGAAAAACUUGUCUUAGAAAAAAAAAAAGAAGAAGAAAAGAGGCAAACAGAGCCCACCUGAGUUGCCCGCUGAUGGCUGGAGAUAAUUUACGCGGAAGACUUUUACGCACAGAGCUCUAAUGUUUCUCCUCGAACUGGAGUGGAGUGGAUCUUACAUGUGCGCUAACUUGACGACGCUCAGCCGGUGUGUUUUUUUGUGAGUGAGUGUGUGUGUGUGUGCGUAUGACCUGGGGCCCGGUGUUUUCCUCCACAGACCUUAGAUAGAAAAUGGAGUGUGUGCCUUUAAGGCGCCCGACUGCCUGUCGCUUUGUGCUGCGGAGAGACUGACGCCCUCUGGACACAGUGGACACUUGAGCGGCGGCAGAAGAACACCAUCCUGGAGAAGUUCAAAGAGACAACAGCCAGAGAAACGAAAACCUGCGACCUUGUUAACUGCGUUGUGGUGUUUCCAGUGCCGUGCUGGUGAGCCGUCAGGAUGAGGCCUGGUCAGCUGAUCCUCCCUGCCGCCGCCACUCUCCUCGUCCUCCUGUCCGGACUGUCUCUGACCUUCGGCUGCAACAAGGCCCUGUGCGCCAGCGACGUCAGCAAAUGUCUCAUCCAGGAGCUGUGCCAGUGUCGUCCCUCUGAUGGGAACUGCUCCUGCUGCAAGGAGUGCAUGCUGUGUCUGGGGAACCUCUGGGAAGAGUGCUGCGACUGCGUGGGGAUGUGCAACCCCAAGAACUACAACGACUCCCCGGCCACGUCCAAGAGCACCGUGGAGGAGCUGCACCGCCCGAUCCCCUCGCUGUUCCGCGCCCUCACCGAAGGCGACGCGCCGAUCAACAUGAUGGUCGUGUCCUUCCCCGUCGACGAGGAGCUCUCGCACCACGAGAACCUGGUGUCCUUCCUGGAGUCGCUCGACGACCAGCACCAGAACGUGUCCGUGCCCGGCAACAGCAUCCACGCCUACGACAUUCAAGAACAGAAUAUGUGCACCGUGGUCUACUUCGACGACUGCGUGUCCAUCCGUCAGUGUAAACUAUACUGUGAGUCAAUGGGAGGAUCCAAGUACCGCUGGUUUCACAACGCCUGCUGCCAGUGCAUCGGACCCGAGUGCGUGGACUACGGCAGCAAGGACGUCAAGUGCAUGAACUGUCUCGACUGAAGUGCGGUCGCGUAUUGUUACCAAAAGUCUGGGCCGCACCAGAGGACUGAGGGCAGAGGAAACUAUGACUGUUAUGUGUUAGCAUUCCUCAGUUACCUUGUAAAAUACCCCCCUACAACCCUCCUCCUCCUCCUCCUCCUCCUCCUCCUGCCCCUGCAAAUUGUUUUUAUUCUGCUGUUAUUGGUUCACUGUAUAUUUUUAGAUAUGUUUUCAAUAGUGUUUUUUACUAGAGGUGUAUAUGAAUAAUGUAUUUUUACAAUUAUGGUCCGCUAAAUCCCAGUCUCAUGCCAAAUAAAGAAAAGUUUGGUGACAUGGA